AUGGUUCUGCUAGGGAGAAUAAAAACAGAGGAAUUGAAGAGUUUGAAGAUGGAAACAGAGCCGUGUUCCAUCUGUCUCGAGAGUCUAGUCUCCGGUCCUAAACCUAGGGACAUCACACGCAUGACUUGUUCUCAUGUCUUCCACAAUGGCUGUCUUUUAGAGUGGCUCAAGCGUAAGAACACUUGUCCCCUUUGUCGGACUGAGCUCUACGAUUGA